AUGUUGGGGCACAGGAAACCAAUUAGCUUGCCUGAUGCCUCAAGUCAAUUAGCCUUUCCAGCAUUGGACUCAUUGGGCGCAGGAAACCAAUUAGCUUGCCUGACGUUCGGAUGGGAUUGGAAAUCGGAUGAACCUCAAUCCGAUCGCGAACUUGCAAGGAAAUGGGAGAGCGAAUGUGCGAGCAAGCAAGUUCACAUCCAUAAGCCGACCUAUUUUGAUUAUGGAUCCAUACAUGGGUCCAUAUAUGGGACUGUCAACGGAACUAUAGCCGGUAGUACGUUCGUUGCCGGAUCAUCCGAAUCAUCUAAGUCAAAAAGAGAUCGGGAAAAGGAUUUAAAUAAUGAGAUCAACAACUACUUUCAAAGUCCUUCCGAACGACAAUCAUCCAAUCUGUUUUUGCGGAAAUCGGAAAUCGAACAAGAUAUUUCUAACGAAACGGACAACGAGAAGGGCGAGGCCGAUCAUGAAUUACAAGAUGAUGCCGAUUCGGAUUGGAUACAGCAGAUAAUGAGCUGUAAAUGUUUACUAUUCUCACCACAUCUACUCUUGAAGGAGGUGAUCGAUGAUCAAGAAGAGGUAAAAGAGAAGAUCAACAAUAAAGAAGUGGCAAAGGAAAACCAGAAAGGGCCAUUUAGAAUGCGGAGAAUAGUCGAAGAAGAGUUGUUUAAACUCGGAAAUGAUUUGGAGUUUGAACAUGCCAUUCAUUCCUUUAUUCUUGAUAUCGAAGAUGAAUUAAUUAUGGAACAUUUCACUGUAAAAGAACUCGAGGAAAUAGAAAGCGCAACUAUUCCAGAGGUACCCGAACUUUCAAACGAAAUUGACGAUUUUUUAGGUAAAUUCCUUGGCAAGACAAACUUGAACGAGAUCCGACAGAUGAUAAAAGAAUCAAUGUUCGGUAAUGAUUACAACCGUGGGAAGCAUCAUGAUGUAGACUACAUAUGUCUUGCUUUAUAUUCACUGGUGAGGGAAAUAGAAAACGGUAAUCUCAAAAACACGAACCUCGAGAAUUGGUAUAACUGCCAUAUAUGGAACAUAAUAUUUGACCAAGCAUUCGGAGAUAUAAUGACAGUGGCUGUUGUCAGGGGCGAAAGUACGAGUGUAUCAACGGCAACACGAAAAAAUAAAAAAGUAAAGAGGAAAUCAGGGGAACGUCGGAAAAUUGGACGCAGAGGGGACUGGAUACUUAGAGCUAUUGGUAACGGUAACAAAGAUGAGUUUGGGGCUGGGGAGACUGGACGGAUGAAUAUGGGACAAAUGCGCAAAAAUAUCCAGACUGUAGGAAUUAUUCACGAAGGUCUCAUGAUGUCGUUGGUAUAUGCUGACAAUCCGAAAGGAUACGUCUGCAGGUUUCGUCGUUGCGACCUUAUGGAAGUACCAGAUAUAGCAGAAAAAUUUGAUUCAAUCUUGAUAAUAUUAGCAUCUGUUCUAAAUGCAAAGUCUGCAAUCCGAGAGACAAUAAGGAUGACCCAAACAAAAGGACAGACUAUCAAAUCAUUUAAGAGUGUUGGAUUCCGGAAGCGACCUCGAGAUGAAGAUCACCAGAUGUCUGCAUGCUUAUCAACUCCGAAGAAAGCAAAAGUGUGUGCCAAAGUGAAUGAUGAACGACCAUAUCCAGUAUCACCAUGCCCUGGAUCACCGAAUUCAGAGCCAUUGAUUUAA